AUGACGCCGUCGAGUGCGUGGGAGGACUUCCCGGGAGCCGGACUCGCUCUCGCGGUUCUGAACAGCGUCGGCAGCGUCGUUAUUCUGCGCGCGCUGCAGAGUGAGUUGCCGUUAGUACAGAUGGUGCCCGAUCUCCUCCCGAUGAGUCCGGUGAUGAACACGAGUAUGGGCAGCUUCGCUGACACCCAUCUGAUGCGGAGUUUUCGGAUGCCGAAAAACGACGGCGCACCGUCAUCAGGUACGCAGCCGCCAGGCUACCCACCUACCACGAGCAACGCGGUGAGCUCGCCUUCCGUGCGAAACUUCGCCGAUCUCUUUGGCAACACAGAGGAGAUGAUGGUCGGGCACGUGUUGAGUCGAGGGUUGCUUUGUAUUACCCAGCUCGAGGGCGAUUACGGCACGGUAGAGCUGGUAGUGAGCACGAUGGGGCACCUCAUCGUGUCGAUCGCGUUUAAUGCGACGGAAAAUCGCUUCUUUAUCGCGGAUACUAUGAUCACGCCGGCGGCGAUGUACUUUGUGGGGUUUGUUGAUUUCUUUGCAACCGGUUGCGCGGAUUUGGUGAUGGCGAGCCAUAGCACCGUGUUGGUCGCGCGGCGCUCCCGGGCCGCGCUGCAGGAAAAGGCGUCGUUGCUGCUCCGUCUCCUGCAGGCCCGUGGGAUGUGGCCGCUGCUGAAGGCAACGGAAUCCGUGGAAAUUUAG